GUUUCCGUCAACACGACAAUCACAUGUCCAUCGUCGGUAAGGAGAACAAGACGAUGAACCAGCUCCUAAUGGAAGGCGAGUGGAACAUCUAUUACGUCUCCGCGCUGUACAAAUUCCAACAAGACCGCGAAGCGUUGACCACGGACGCAAUGGACCUUGUGGUCUUCCUUCGAACCGCGGAUGAUCGCGACUUGAAGCCCCAUCAAGGUGUGUCCGUGAGCGUCCGAUCGAACGACGACAUGGCAGUGUUUUCGAUCCAAGAGCAAGUUGCAGGAACUGGUGGGGCGUCCGGGCAGUUGGUGGGGGCAUUCGUAUACUACACCCCCCAAGGCCAUGAAGGGGUUCCUUCCUUAUGUGCACCGCAACUUCUCCUCCUUCAAGGCAACGAGAGUCUGGUAAAAAAAGUAUGCGGAUGGGUCCAGCACCGAUACCAGUGUGUGGUUGCCCUCCAGUCCCUUCGCAUUCGAUCUAUAUGCAUGGAGCAAUUCGCGCAGUCCCUUUUUCUUCACAUUGCAACCGAGUCCGGCGAUGGACACUCGAAUGCUGUUCAUGCUCCGCUGAAAUUGACACUACGCCGUGAAGGUGAUGUGAAGGUGGUGCGCAGUAUCACAAUCUCCAUCCCAUUCCACGAUAUCCUGGCCAAGCAUGAACUUGAGAGGUAGCACAUCUACAUGAUCAUGCCGCCACGGUACGUCUAACAUUGUAUACGACAGGGAGCGUCGGGACACUCUGGUUGAACAAGGUACGACACAGCUUGACGCCAUUCCCAGUGUCUGACGAUCUCGUAGAUCACAUGAUUCGGUCGCUCUGCCUCCCAUACUUUUCCCAGCUCUCGGAAGACUUGGAGUCAUACUGCCUCGCCGCUGUCUCGUCAGACGACUGCGAGCUAGACAACCGCGGCAUCUUUCGGAUCCUCCGCACCGACCGCGUCUCAGAGCUACUCAGCGACCUCGUCGACAUUUUUACCGCUCAGGACAUAACAAUUCCAGAAACUCCAGAAACCACACUGUAAUACAUUAUUGUUACCCAUACCGACUAAAGUCCAAGCUCAUGGACGUCGUGGGGGCUGCCGCCGCCGCCGCCGUCUUGUCCACCAACGCCUGUCGCAAGGCAGUCUGCAGGGCGCUUCGCAUGUCUUCGCCCAUUCGACCUACUGCCGCCUUGAAACUUCCGCUGAACAUCGUCGCAAUGCUAAUGAGCAUGCGGCCUGUGGUCGUGGGCUGGGACAGUCGAAGGAGCAGCGGCAGGACGACCUGCAGCCAUCCUUCGCCGGCCCCAUGCACCUCCAUCCCAGUCAUCAACACCGUCAUCCACGCUUCAACCUCGUCACAGACGUCCUUGGAAAUGAGUUGGACACCGUCUUCAUGCAGCAGUCGCACCACCGCCAUUCCCAUGCGCUGGGAAACGACGGGAAUGCCAGCUAAAGUCCUCGAGCACGCCAAGGCGGCGACGGCGGCGGCGUCCAUGCUAGUAGCGCUGACUUGAUGCAUCCACGUCGUAGCAAUGCGAUCGUGGAAGUCGCUUAAGUCGACGAUGGUCCCCACGUGGGUGGUCACGGAACUCACGAGUUUGGCUGCAAAUGGGACGACAUGGCCCGUCGCGAGCCACUCGAUCGUGUCGACGAGGACGCGGAGGCUGGUCGCGAGGGCCGGCGACAGCUGCUGCGCCGCCUCCACAGCAUGAAGGUCGACGGAAGUAGAAGCGGCCACGACACAUCGCAGCGUCGCGUCCACGUAGAGCACCGCCGUGGGUUCGAGCCAGUCGCAGGUCAGACCAAAGUGGCGCAGGACGUCAUUGGCCACGAGAAUAAACGCAGGACCGAACGACGGAUCCAACGGCAAGAGGACGGCGGCCCCGGCGGCGGCGGUCCGCAUCCCUUCGACGACCACUGACGAUGAAGCCAGUUUGACGUGGCGUGCAGUGGUCGAUCGAAGCACGACGGUGGUCGCAAGAUGUAGUUGCUGCAGCGUCGUCUGCCGCGCCAUCGAGUCGACAGAGGCCAUGGCGGCGUGGAUGUACGUGGCGCCGUCUUUGGUCGACAGAGCUUGGAUGGCUCGAAGGGCGGCGGCUUCAACUCGGUCGUCGGGGUGGGAUGCCAGCACAAGAAGAGUGUGGAGGACGUUGCCGUACGUGUCUGGAGUGAUGGACGUCCAGUCCAGCAUGCUGGGAAGGGCCUCUAGCACCGUGAGAACGCCCGAAACGUCGGUCGUUCGCGCCGAAAAGUACAAAAGGGCGGCUGUGAGCAGCGUCGUUCGGUCGGCAGACCGUUGAGCCAGGGCGGCCAGAAGCACGGGGGUUUGGGCCAUCGCGACUGCUUUCAGCACGUCCAGAUCCCGCGUGGACGUAAAGAACGUUCCUCCGAAAUUCGUGGCUCCAGCGGGGGGGGGCACGAGCAGCAAGCAGAAAUCGCGCACUGCGUCCGUCCAUGCCGUCAGGACAUGACGAGGCAGGACGAUCGCGUCCGCGGUGGCGACUAGGGCGACGCGCGCGAGGCUUCCAAGGGUGGUGAGCGCGAGGCGGAAGCGCAGCGUGUCGUCGCACAUGGACGCGUCGUAGGAAAAGUCUGGUUGACGGAGCAGCAGCUUCACGAGACGGUUCACCGCAACUUUAUCCGUGAUGAUCUUGUUGGCAAUCACGUGGGCGAUGGUCACCGCGCCUUCAAGCUGCAGCGGUUCGUAGCCGCCCAAUACUACCGUAGACGACGAAGCAAAUGGAGGCGACGCCGGGUCCGAGGCAAACGCGCGGCGGACGGUGGACGACAGCUGCGCUUGGUACUGCACCAGCAGCGUUUCGUCGGGGAGUUCAGGGUCCACGCCGCCAGCCAUGGCUUGACACACGACGUUCAAGAGCGUCAUGCCUGCGCUUUGGAGGCGCUGCAGCUCAAACCCGUCCAUGGACAUGGCGCUCAUCUGACACGCGAGGGUCACGAGUUCGUCCACGUACAAACUGACAAAGUUCACAUUGUCGUGUUCGGACGCCAGCCUUGUUAUUGCCGCACGGGCCUUGCCCACGUCAAAGUGCACGGACGCAACGGCGGAGGUCGAGACGAGGUCGAGGAUGGCCACGACACUGUGCACGGCAAACUCGCGUACGCGGCGGUGCAGACAAGGAAUGUCUGCGAGAGUGGCGCAGAUCCGAUGGUUGGUCCGGCGCCAAAUGUCGGACGAGGUCGAGGGGCUGCCUUGCGAUACGGGCGAGUCCGGCCCCCCUCGUCCUCCCCUAGGACUGCCGACGUCGUCUGUGGAUGGAGGCGGCACAGACACGACGCCGCCGACUGCUAGACCUCGACAUAACAACAGCCAUUCGCACGCUUUGUUGCCGUUGUGAAGCUUCUGAACGCCGCAGUCGGUGACCAGGAGCGCUGUCAGACACCCCUGGAGUUCUGCGACGGGGUUGGAUGGCACGUGGCGGUGGUGGCCAGUGGCACACAUCCCUCGAAAGGCCGGCAAGAGCGGGUAGUCGGCGGCGAUUUCGUGCACUUGAAGGGCUUGGAAGAGCACGAGGUGCAGAUUUUCCUGGUGGAUCACGGCCGGGUCGCGCUCGACGAGGAUGCGGACGAUGAGCAGCAUCACGGCUCGGCACUCGGCUGGCGUCGACACAGCGGGUUGGCGCAGCAGUGCUUUGACUCGCGUGAGGUCGCUGGUUUUGAAAUACGACGGUGCAAACAGCACCAACUGUUCGAUGAAGCGGAGGUACUCGAGCUCGACCCUCGGGUCGGGAGUCAUGCGGAGGAGGUCCCAGAAGACGUACAGUUGGUCGAUGCGGUUACCCCCCGCGUCCAAGAGUUCGGGCCCGAGGGCCGACACGAUGCUGUUGAUCACCUACAGCCAAAAAAGAC